AUGAAAUACGUUAUCGUCUCUGGAGGUGUCAUCUCUGGAAUCGGGAAAGGUGUGCUGGCGUCGUCGACCGGUAUGCUACUCAAGACCCUGGGGUUGCGCGUCACGUCGAUCAAGAUCGACCCUUACAUGAAUAUCGACGCGGGCACUAUGUCGCCGCUGGAACACGGUGAGUGCUUUGUCUUGAACGACGGUGGGGAAACAGACCUGGACCUGGGAAACUACGAGCGUUACUUGGGUGUGACGUUGACCAAAGACCACAAUAUCACCACCGGGAAAGUGUACUCGCACGUCAUCUCGCGCGAGCGUAAAGGUGAUUAUCUCGGAAAGACCGUUCAGGUUGUGCCUCACUUGACAGAUGCUAUACAAGACUGGAUCGAGAGAGUUGCCCGUAUCCCAGUGGACAACUCUGGCAUCGAGCCCGAGGUUUGUAUCAUCGAGCUAGGUGGUACCGUUGGUGACAUUGAGAGCGCACCCUUUGUUGAGGCGCUCAGACAGUUCCAGUUCCGCGUCGGAAAGGAGAACUUUUCGUUGAUUCACGUUUCUUUGGUCCCAGUUAUUCACGGCGAACAAAAGACCAAACCUACUCAAGCGGCCAUCAAAGACCUACGUUCGUUGGGGUUGACCCCAGACAUGAUCGCAUGUCGUUGUACCGAAAAAUUGGACGAACCAACAAUCAAUAAGAUUGCCAUGUUUUGUCACGUCGGACCAGAGCAAGUCGUUAACGUUCACGAUGUCAAUUCCACUUACCAUGUUCCACUAUUGUUGCUAGAGCAGAAGAUGAUUGACUAUUUGUGUGGACGUCUAAAGUUGACCGACCUCACCUUGAACACCGAGGACAAGAAACGUGGUGAAAACUUGUUGAAUAGAUGGAAAUACCUAACUACUUCUAUUGAUGAGUCCUUUGAAACCGUCAAGAUCGCCUUGGUCGGUAAAUACACCAAUUUGAAGGAUUCGUACCUGUCCGUGAUCAAAUCUUUGGAACACUCGAGCAUGAGAUGUCGUCGUAAGCUAGAGAUCGUGUGGGUUGAAGCCUCUGAUUUGGAACCUGAAACCAAUGAAAGUGAAAAGAACAAAUUCCAUGAAGCUUGGAAGAAGCUAAGCACAGCCGAUGGUGUCUUAGUCCCUGGUGGGUUUGGUCUAAGAGGUACCGAAGGUAUGAUUUUGGCUGCUAAAUGGGCUCGUGAAAACAGCAUCCCAUACUUGGGUGUUUGUCUAGGUUUGCAAGUUGCUACUCUGGAAUUUGCUCGUAACGUACUUGGCAUGAAGAAUAUCACUUCUGCUGAAUUUGAACCCGAGGCUUCGGAAGAAGACCAAGGUGUUGUAUAUAUGCCCGAAAUUGACAAAGAAAACAUGGGCGGUACCAUGCGUUUGGGUAUAAGACCAACGAUUUUCCAAGCUGACACUGAAUGGUCCAAGAUUCGCAAGUUAUACGGCGGCGCACAUGAAGUCCACGAAAGACAUCGUCACCGUUACGAAGUCAACCCUAAAUUGGUUCCAAAAUUGGAGGAGCAUGGUUUAAUGUUUGUUGGUAGAGACGAUACUGGUGAAAGAUGUGAAAUUUUGGAAUUGCGUAACCAUCCAUAUUUUGUGGCCACUCAAUACCAUCCAGAAUACAUGUCUAAAGUAUUGGAUCCAUCACAACCAUUCUUGGGUUUGGUGGCGGCCUCCGGAGGUGUUCUAGAGAAUGUGAUGGCCGAGGUAAACAACUCUACCGAACAUGCGGAUUUCUAA